CACAACUUGUGGUCGCGGUCUACUACCGUCUACUACGUACUCUCGCGCGGCCGUGCGCCGUGACGACCCAUGAGGCCAUGACCGCUUCCGCCGCCCACGCCUUCCUCGAGCGUUCCACGCUUCCACCCCGAAUCCCACUUCCCCCCUCCCAUUUAAAACGCGCCCCCCUCCCCUUCGCCAUCCGCGCACAGGUUGCACAGGUUACCCUUCGCUUGAUCGAUCCCAUCAAAGAGUGACGGAGGUGGUGGAGUAUGGUGGUCGGCUUCCGCCGCACGAUCUCGUUCCCCGCGCCCAAGGCGGCGACGGCCGCGAAGGGUGAGGCCUACCGCGUCCGGUCGGCGAGCCUGCCGUGCCGGUUCCAUCCUCUGGUGGUCCAGCUUGACGAGGAUGUGGCGACGAUGAGGGAGCUGGUGGGCCGCCUGGCGUCGGCCGCGUCGGCGGGCUCCGUCGCGGGGGCCGCGGAGCAGCUCGGGCGGGUGCUGGUGUCGCUCUCCGAGCUGCUCCACCACCCGCAGGCGCAGGAGCCGCUCCGGCGGCUCGGGCGGUCGCCGUUCGCGGAGCGCCUGCUCGACAAUUUCCUCCGCCUCGCCGACGCGCACGGCAGCUUCAGGGCGGCGCUCGUCGCGCUCUCCGCGCUCCAGGCCGAGGCCCGCGCCGCGCUGCGGCGCGAGGACCCGGCGCGCCUGGCGUCCGCGGCCCGCGCGCUGCGCCGGUCCGGGCGAGACCUCCCGCGGAUCGCCUCCUCGGCGCGCGCCGUGGCGGCCAAGCCGCCGCCUCCCCCUCCCGCGGGCCUCCCGGCCGACGGGACCGCCCUCGCCGCCGCCAUCGCCGACGCGACCGCGGCCGUCGCCUCGGCCUCGGCCGCGGUCUUCUCCGGCGUGUCGUCCCUCUCCAUCGCCGCCGCCACGGCCCGUGUCGAGGUCGCCGCCACGCCCUGCUGGAUGCCCUCCCCGGCGAGAUUCACCACACCAUCGGCGACGCCAAGACACCACAUCAUCACCACCAAGCCAUCGUCGCUGCGCAUAUGGUGGGUCGCCGACCUGAUGCGCUGGAUGUCGCGGGCGAAGCGCCGGUCAGCCAGUAAGCAGCACGCCGACAGUGACGCCUCCUCCUCCUCCACCUCCUCCGCCGCCACGGCGCGGCCCCAACCCAACGUCGCCGUGGACCCGGACGAGAGAGAACGGAAGGCGGCGUUCGAGCGCCUGGACAACCUGGGACGGUGCAUCGCGGACGUGGAGAGCAUCGGCGAGAAGGUGUUCCGCGCUCUGGUGAACACCAGAGUCUCACUGCUCAACAUUCUGAGCACAAGCUUCUGAUGAAUUCCCAACCAAACAUCACUAGAAACGCAAACUCGAUCGAAUUUUGCUACUUUGAAAGACAUCUGUACAUAAAAAUGGGGCCUUUUUUUAGGCUUUUGAUAAUCAUAGUACUGGCAUGUUUAGAGAGCUCCAUUUCCUUUGUUUCAUCAUCAUCAUCAUCGUACUACUAGCAUACUGCUAGUAUUCACAUGGGAGCCAAAGCAUUAGCUUCAGGAUAAAGAAUCAAAGAUCGUUCAGAUACUAACAAAGAGUGGAUCUUUUUGGUA